AUGGUCUACGGAGCGAAGAUUAUCGCCCAAGCGCUCCAGGACCUUGGCGUUCAAGUCAUCUUUGGGCUGCCCGGGCUGCCCGUGAUUGAUAUUGCCCAAGAGUCUAUGAACCUUGGCAUCAACUUCAUAAGUUUUCGGAAUGAACAGGCCGCCGUUCUUGCUGCCUCGUCCUAUGGAUAUCUAACCGGCAAGCCCGGCGUUUGCAUUUGCGUCGGCGGACCCGGUGUUCUAAACACCUUCCCGGGUAUCCCACAUGCGGCUGCCAACUGCUGGCCGUUGCUGCUGCUCGGAGGCUCGAGCGAAACACACAAUGCCAAUAAAGGCGCGUUCCAGGAGAUGGAUGCUCUUCCAAUCUUCAGUCCUCACGCCAAACUGGCUCUUCGCCCACCGUACCCGGAAAUGGUGCCUUCGUUUGUCCGAGAUGCCUAUCGUGCCGCCAUGUUUGGUCGCCCUGGCCCGGCAUUUGUUGAUCUGCCGGCCAACAUCAUUAUGGGCCACUUCGAUGUCGAACGACACAAGUUGUCACCUCUGUUAGAAGCCCCAAAAGCAGUUGCGCCUCCAGAAAAGAUCAGAUCCGCUAUCGAGGCACUGAAAACCGCUAAAGCACCGCUUGUGGUGGUUGGUAAGGGAGCUGCCUACGGUCGUGCAGAAAAGCAGAUUCAAGCACUCAUUGAAAGGACCGGAUUGCCGUUCCUCCCAACGCCCAUGGGCAAGGGGGUCGUCCCAGAUGCAAGCCCGCACAACAUCUCAGCCGCACGAUCAACCGCAAUGAAGACAGCCGAUGUCGUUCUGCUCCUGGGUGCUAGACUCAAUUGGAUUCUUACAUUCGGUUUGCCUCCGAAGUGGAAGUCAGGUGUCAAGAUCAUUCAAGUCGAUAUCAGCGCGGACGAGCUUGGCAAGAAUGGACAUGAUCCUUCUCUCAGCAUAGUCGGCGACUUGGCUCUAGUGGUUGAGCAGCUUGUCAAUGAGAUAGGCAACUGGCGCUGGCAAGGUCAGUCCUCAGAAUACUACCGCACCUUGCAAGCCGCCAAGUCAAAGAACGAGGAAAAGGCGGCAAAGAAAGCUUCGGCCGGUAAGAUUCCAAUGGCCUACGAAAAGGCGUUCGGCGUGAUACAAGAGACUCUUAACAGCCUCUCAACGCCCAACAAUGGUGACAUUGUUUACGUCUCGGAAGGGGCCAAAGCGAUGGAUAUCUCCCGCUCCAUCUUCACUAUGGAGCACCCGCGCAUCCGGCUCGAUGCUGGAACAUACGCCACAAUGGGUGUUGGUCCCGCCUACGCGAUUGCUGCCUACGCUGCCUAUAACUAUCCGCACGCAGAAGGCUCAGCCGGUACUCGGGGCCGCAAAAAGAUUGUCGCGAUUGAAGGCGACAGUGCAUUCGGCUUCUCCGCCAUGGAGGUCGAAACCAUGGGCCGCUAUCGGAUGGACGUUUUGAUAUUCGUGAUCAACAAUAGCGGCCUGUAUCGAGGAGACGCGGACUCGAAGGAGAAAUGGCAGCAACUUCAAGACAUGACCGUCGCCGGAAGCCCUGCCCGACCCAAAGGCCUCAGCGCGACAUCACUAGGAUAUGAGACUGACUAUCAGAAGAUCGCCGAGGUGGCAGGUGGAAUCGGCCUUGUAGCGCGCACGCCGGAAGAGCUGAAGGAAGCCACCAUCAAGGGGUUUCAAGCCAAGGUUCCGGUGGUGGUCAAUGUCAUUGUUGACACGCAAACUGACUUGGAAAUGGACUUCUCGUGGCUGGACAUGGCUCCACCGACGGAUAAGAAAAAGAAGGAACAGAAACUGUGA